CUGACACUCCUCUUGAGAUAGAGGGGAUAAAAAUUCCUUUGUUCCAAAGUAGGCAGGGAAGGUUGCAGAAAAACCCCACGCUCCGCCGCUACCGCGAUGGUCGCUCCGACGACCACCACCCCGCCUCCUCCUCCGCCGCCGCCGUCAGAGUCCACGCCUACCAGCGACCCAAAGCCCCCGCCUCCGCCGCCGACGUCUUCGACCGCGGCACCGAAGAAGCGGAAGCUGGAGGAGGUGGGGUUUCAUCACUCACCCUACUACAACAUCAGAGCAGCCGUCGCCAACCUCCGCGGCCGCUUCAUUCAGUUAUGCAAAGGCACUGAUACCCAAAAGAAAGAUGCCGCUCUUGAGAUCCUGAAAGAGAUAAAAGUUCUCAUGGAAUUAUCCAAGGAAAUGCGACUUGAUCUCCCAACUGCAGCUGGGCCUGUAAAACUGAUGGAUGAGCCUACAUCAAGAGAUGCCAGAAAUAUGCCUGCAGGGAAAAUCCCACCCGGAGAGAAGAAUCAAGUUCGUCCAGCAGACCAGGCUGCAUCCUUUAUGCAUAGUUCUGGUGAGAAGGUACCACUCAAUCCUGUGGACAUUAAGCAUGAUGCCAAACCGAGUGUAACAGAUUCUACAAAGAAAUCAGGACAAUGUUUGCAAGGAUCUUAUAUUGUCGGUGGAUCUCCCAUUGGCUGGAAUUUCCUUAUGUGGCCUGGAAGUAGCACAAGGUACUGUGGUUUAACCAGAUCAGAGUGGUUGGCACGUCAAUCUGCAAAAUGAAAUGCCAUGAUCCUACCCCCCAGCAAUCUAACAAGUAAAGGCAGUCAAACUAAUACCGUACUUUCAGAUAUUCCUGGGACAAUAGCACAAUUAUUUGCUGGUAGCCGAUCCGAUAUUAUUGAGCAGCGGAUGACACCUCAGAAUGAUAUAUAUGACAUGGUAAGGCAUGGUAGUAUCAAUAGAAAGCAACUUUUGAAUGCUUUUGAUCGCUCCCUACAGGAUCAAUCACCACUAGAUAUCAUGUUUUUCUUGUAGUAAACUGUAUGAGCCAAGCGCUCUUGCUAUGUUUUUCUGUUCAGAAAUGGAAAAAUCAAGUAAUGUAAGCGCAUGGCAACGCUGAUAUAGUGAUGUAUGCUCUUGCUUAACAAGUUAGAAGUGUCCGACUACUUUUCCUUCCUUUGUUUUUUGUUUUUUUUUUGGCAACUUACAAGGAAGUAUCUGAUUUCAUAUUGUCGCUUA